AUGAAGGCUCUCACAGGUGAAAUGGCCGCCACUUACGAUCCAGCGGAUGUCGAGAGUGGGUGGUAUUCAUGGUGGGAGGAGUCGGGAUUUUUCCGUCCGGCAUCCGACAUGCAGCGACCUACAAAUGGCAAGAAGUUCGUCAUCGUUGCACCGCCGCCGAACGUAACGGGGCAUCUCCACCUCGGGCACGCACUGACAGGUGCGGUGCAGGACGCCCUGAUCCGUUUUCAUCGGAUGAAGGGCGAUGACACGCUGUAUUUGCCUGGUACCGAUCACGCGGGGAUCGCCACACAGGUCGUUGUGGAGAGGCUCCUCAUGAAACAAGAGGGUAAAACGCGCCAUGAUUUGGGUCGAGAGGAGUUCCUGCGCCGCGUGUGGGAUUUCAAAGACAAGCACGCCGGCUUCAUCACGAAGCAGUUCCGUGAAAUUGGUCUCUCGUCUGAUUGGACACGCGAGCGAUUUACGAUGGAUGAGCACUGCUGCCGAGCUGUCAUCGAGGCGUUUGUUAGGAUGUACGAUCAGGGCCUCAUCAAACGCUCGAAUCGCCUGGUAAACUGGUGCUGCGCGCUGCAGAGCGCUAUUUCGGACCUUGAGGUGGAGUUUGUGGAUGUGGGAAAAAACUCGAAGUUCAGCAUCCCAAACUACGACAGGAAGGUUGACAUGGGUGUUCUGACACACAUAGCGUACAAAUUAUCGGACGGUGACGGCGAGCUCAUCAUUGCUACAACGCGCCCCGAGACGCUUCUUGGUGAUACCGCCGUUGCCGUCCAUCCUGACGACGUGCGCUACAAGGCGUUUCACGGUAAAUUUCUCAAGUGCCCUUUCCGCGAUGAAGUUAUCCCCGUCGUUUUGGACUCGACACUGGUGGACAUGAACUUUGGCACGGGUGCGGUGAAAAUUACACCCGCGCAUGACCCCAACGACUUCGAGGCGGGACAACGCCACAACCUUCCCCAAAUCACCAUGAUGGAUCUCAACGGAGUUGUCUGCAUGGAGGGCCCAUUCAAGGGCAUGCACCGCUUUGAUUGCCGUCGCGCGAUUGUGAAGAGGCUGGAGGAGAUGGGCCUGCUGCGUGGGGUGGAGCCGUACGAGUACCGCGUCGGCCGCUGCAGCCGCACCGGCGACAUCGUCGAGCCGCUGCCGAUGAUGCAGUGGUUUGUCGACUGCACGGAGGUGGCGCGGCGCUCCGUCGAGGCGGUGCGGCGGCGAGAGCUGAACCUCAUCCCCGUCUCCCACGAGGCUGUCUGGUAUCACUGGCUGGAGAACAUCAAGCCGUGGUGCGUCUCCCGGCAGCUGUGGUGGGGGCACCGCAUUCCCGCCUACCUGGUCCGACUGGAGGGGGCCGCGGGGCUGAAGGGGCACCCCGACCCGUGGGUCGUUGCCCGCGACCUCGCGGAGGCGCGCCGGAAGGCGCGGGAGAAGUUCGACCUCACCGAGGCCGAGGCGGCGGCCGCGACGUACGAGCAGGACCCUGAUGUCCUCGACACGUGGUUCAGCUCCGCGCUGUGGCCCUUCUCGACGCUGGGCUGGCCGGACGACACGCCGGACCUGCGCCGCUUCUUUCCGACGUCGCUGAUGGAGACGGGGCACGACAUCCUGUUCUUCUGGGUCGCCCGCAUGGUGAUGUCGUCGCUGCAGCUCGUCGGAGAGCUCCCAUUCCAGGACGUCUUUCUCCACGCGAUGGUUCGCGACAAGAACGGGGAGAAGAUGUCCAAGUCCAAGGGAAACGUGAUUGAUCCCCUUUUUAUUGUGCACGGGGCCACCUUGGAGCAGCUUCAUGAGACCAUCUACAGCGGCAACCUUCCCGCGAAGGAGGUCGAGAAGGCGAUCAAGCUGCAGAAGGAAAGCCACCCAGAGGGGAUCAUUGCAUGUGGCAGCGACGCGCUGCGGUUUGGCCUGCUAUCUUACACUCAGUCCGGACGAAACGUCAACCUUGACAUCGCCCGUAUUGUUGCGUACCGCCAAUUCUGCAAUAAGCUAUGGAAUGUCGUUCGGUACACCCUAUACCACGCGCUUGGGACGGACUAUCACCCUAAAAAGAUAUCGUUUGAUGUCGAAGCUGACGGCUCGAGCUUGCCGCUAGAGUGCAAGUGGAUCCUAUCUCGCCUAGACUUUGCCAUCGAGGAGGCGACGCGCGGUAUGUCUUCCGGCACCUAUGAUUUUGCUCUCACAACCAAUGCCGUGUAUCGCUUCUGGCUGUAUGAACUUUGUGACGUAUUUCUUGAACUCACGAAGCCGGUUAUUCAGAACAACGGGGAGGAUAAGCAGCUGGUUCAGGAUGUGCUCUUGUAUGUAGUCGAAAAGGGUCUGCGACUGCUCCACCCCAUGAUGCCGUUCCUGACCGAAGAGCUAUGGCAUCGUCUACCGCAUUACGAUACCUUCAACACGAAGACCAUCAUGCUGGCGCCGUAUCCGGAAACGAGUGGGUGGUCUAACAGAGAGGUUGAAGAGUCGAUGAAGCUCAUUCUUGAUGUUGUACACAGCGUGCGCUCCACCAAGGCUUCUUAUGGCCUGACAAACAAACACAAGCCUGGCGUCUGGGUUCUCGCGCACACACCCGCGAUCAAGAAGUUGUUUGAGCAGAAGGCUCUCAUUGUAACUACUCUGGGUGUGGUGGGAAGCGUCGAUGCUAUUACUCCUGAGGAGGAAGCCACAGCAGUACCAAAGGGAUGUGGCUUUUCAGUCAUCACCAAGGAGGUCGGUGUGUACAUGAUGUUAAUGGGAUUUAUUGAUACGGAUAAAGAAAUAAAGAAACUUGACAACCAGUUGGCAGUUAUUGUGAAGCAAAUCGAGGUACUGAAAAAGAAAAUUUCGAUAAAGGAUUAUGAGACAAAGGUUCCCGAAGAGAUUCGUAAUAUGAACGCCGAGAAGCUUGAUACGCUUUCAAAGCAACAAGCACAGCUGGUGGACAAAAUAGAAAAGAUGCAAGCGUUAAAAGACCAGUAA